AUGGCUCUGGCAGUGCAUUUCAGUGUGUCCAGUCAUCAAAAAUUGGUGUUAGGCCCAAAUAUGGAGCGUGUGGGAAAGAUCACGUUUUAUGAAGACAGAAACUUCCAAGGUCGCUAUUAUGAGUGCACCAGUGACUGUCCCGAGCUCAACACCCACUUCAGCCGCUGCAACUCUGUUCGUGUGGAGAGCGAGGCCUGGGUUCUGUAUGAGAGGCCCAACUACCUGGGCUACCAGUAUAUCCUGACCAGGGGGGACUACCCUGACUACCAGCACUGGAUGGGCAUCAACGACAGCAUCAGGUCCUGCCGGAUCGUACGAAAUGGAUCUGGUGCGUUCAGGAUUCGUGUCUAUGAGCAUCCUGACUUUAGUGGCCAGAUGUUGGAGUCCACCGAAGAUCUGAAGAACCUGCCUGAACGCUGGCACCUCCUUGAGACUCAUUCCGCCAAGGUGCAGGAUGGCGCCUGGGUCUUCUACGAGCUUCCCAACUACCGCGGACGCCAGUACCUGCUGGAGAGAGGAGUGUACCGCCGCUUCACUGAGUGGGCAGCCACGAACCCCACUGUGGGCUCCUUCCGCCGUGUUCUCAACUUAUGAGACUGUCUCUCUUUAAGUUAAUAUUUUACAUAUCUGUUCUUUGGUAAUAAAAAAAGGAUUGUGCUCA